AUGAGCGCGACGCCAGGGCUCUCUCAAUACGCACCCGCGCCUACCGCUCGACGUCUCAUCCUGCGUCACGUCGGCGAAGAGCUGGCGCGCGUUGCGUAUCGAGAGCGGCAGCUGCCGUCGAAAGCCCGCUCAGCGCCUCAUCACGUCACUAGCAACAACAAUCACAAGGUGUCUGGGACAUCAGUAUCCAGCAACCACGAAGAUCAAUCUCAGCAGAAACCGCAUAGCGCAGAUGACGACUACGAUGAAGAGCGCUUUGGUCCUGUGCGCCGCCCUCCUCGCAAGCAGCCGCCGAAUCUCUGGGUGCCGAUCUUCGAGCAGGAGGUGGCCGAGGUGCAGCAGGCCAAGGAGGAAGCAGAGCGCAAGCGGUUGGCGGCAGCGGCCGAGUAUCGCGAGCGGCUCGCACAACAAGAAGCCGACAAACAGCGCAAACGUUUGGACGAGAAGGCUGUGGCUGAUGGCUACGCUCGAGCGCAAGCAGCUCAGCAGGCUGCGUGGCGUGAACAAGAGAAGGCCAAGCAGAAGCAGCGUCAGGAUCAAGUGGUGCUGGAGGCUCAGCGUUGGCAGCAAGAUCUCCAAGCGCAAGCUGAGGCUGUUCGAGUGGCACAAGAAACGAAGGAACGUAAUGAGCGUCGCGUGUUGGAGAGAUUUCGCAUGCUGGACGAAAUGGAGAAGCGCCGCAAGGCGGAGCGCAAAGCUGCUGACAUGGAAGAAGUCGUCCGAGUCAAACAAGCUAAUGCGCAGCAGCUGGAACUUAAACGCCAGGCCGUACUGCGGGAACAACGACAAGACCGCGAGCUGCAAAGAGCUUACGAGAAGAAGCUCGAGAUGCAAGAGGCCGCGCGCCGUGCAGAGCUCGAUGCGAUCCUUGUCAAGCAGAGCCACAAGGUGAAGCUAGCGCUUCUAAACGUAAAGAGCGCCGAGGAGAAGGCACGGGAGGACGAGGAACGCGCACUGGCAGUGCAAGCGGCUGUGCGAGCUCGAGAAGCUGAGCUGCUAGAGCUUAAGGAACGGAAGAAGCGCGAAGCUGCUCGAAAGCAAGUGCAGGCCUUGACGCUGCAGAAGGAAGAGAAAAAGUCCCGACGACAUGUGCUGGAACGAGAGGAGGCUGACUACGCCAGCAAGUUCAAAGCAGACUUCCAGUCGUGGCAACAGGAGCAGGUUGCAGCGAAGGAAAAGGUACAUCAACGCAAUCUCGAGUACCAAAAACUGGUACGGCAGCAGAUGAGUGAGGACGCGAGGCGCAGAGCUGAAGAGGACAAGUACGGCAUGACCCUAUUGGAGGCAGAGCUCAACUCGAAGCUGCUACAGAAGGCAGGAAUCACCUCACCACCGGAGGAUAUGCAUACCAGGUAGCUAUUGCAUCAACGCUUAAUAAAAUAGUACUAUGUCAC